AUGGCAAUCCACAAUAUGGGUGAGUUGUUACAUAAAGGUUUUUGAGAUACAUGGCUUUUUGUCAGUCCAGAUAAAGGCAGCAAGUUUGUAAUAAAUACAGUAGUUUGGGAAGGACAUUCAUUUUGAUAGCCGUUAAUGCUCCGAGUCAUGAGAUGGAUACACUGGUCCAAUGGCAACAAAAUUUUGCUUAAUUUUCUAACAAAUGAGUAAGUGGUUUCUUGGAGAUGGGCAAAUCAAAGUUUAACAAUUUAAUAGAAUGAUAUAGCAGAUGAACAUGGAUAGCUUCAGACUUAGAAACUUUUCCUUUAUAGUUCGAUAUGGAGGAAUAAUGUUCUAAUACAAACAAAUGUGGUAGUGAAGUCAUUAGUUGUCUUAACACAAGAAAAAAUGUCAGCAUAAGCUUCAGUUUGGAACAUAAUACCUGAGAUUUUUGUGUGCUGGUGAAUAGUAAAAAGUAAUUGUUCAAUGCAUAAGACAAAUAAAAGUGAGAAAUAAGGAGGAGGAACCAGGAUAUUCAUCUAGGCAGUUGGUUUAUAGUAGAAGGCGAAUAGAGUGUUGUAAAAUGUCAGGAAAAAGUCCACAUGCUCUGAGUGACAUGAUAUGAGUGAAGGGACAGAUGAGUCUAAGUUUUUUCAAUGUCUAAAAAGAGGAAUAAGAAUGGUGAUUUUUAGUUUUGGUCAUAUAUAAGUAAGUCAAGGCACCCGUAUGUCUUCUAGGGAUAAGGUUGGCUUAGUUGGAAUGAUGCAAACAGUUCCAUAAGGUGGCCAGGAUUGUGGUAAAAAUGUAGUAAUUCAAAUUAAGAAAAACAAUGGGUCUAUAAUGGAAGGGUUCGUCAGAGGGUUUGUUGGGCUUGGCAAUUAAUGAGAUUUUAGCAAGUUGCAUGCCAUCUGUAAGUCUGCAAGCCAUCCAUGAAGGCAUGAUAGAGCUUCUGCAGUCAUGGUGUAAGGGUGCCAGACAAUAGGUCAAGGGCAUCAACUUUGAAAACGGUACCAUGCAGCUUAGGACAAGUUUCCAGAAUUUGAGGUUUUCAAACAACAGAUCGAUGACAUCUGCUUUGGAAUCAUUACAAUGUAGCAUAGAGCAAAAUCCAGAACUGUUACAGACUGUAGUAUGAGCAUAUUACAAUAUUAAGAUACACUUAACCCCCAACGUGCUUCACCACCCCGUGGCCCCAGCAAAAGUCACUGAUAAAACCAUUGAAUGGCGAAACGCCCAAGCGCAUCUUUCUGGCAAUCUUUAUGUAAGUAUAACUUUUUUCAACAUAUGAGGUAAAGCAGAGUAGGGAAUACUCAAAGUUCUCGCUGGAGCAAAAAUCACAUGUAACACGUAUCAUUUAUCUUACUGCGUAACAUUUCGGUAUCUUUGGUCACAUUAAGCCAUGCAUUUUUCUUUACUACAGUGUCUAGCCAUUGUUUGUAUGUCACUUAAUUGGUUUUAGGUCAUGGGCUGACCUCUCAUUGUUUAUUUAAGACAAUCAGCUUUCAAAAGGGUGCCAGAGAAGAUUUUAUAGUAUGCACUGGUGAAGCUGUCUAGACCAGGGACUUUGUUUUUGUUUUCUUUUUUCUUAUUGGACAUAUGCGAUUAAUUUCGUUCUGAAUGUAUAUUCAUACAAAUUUCAUGCCAUUCGGACAUUCGGAUGCUCAUGAAUGUCCGAAGUGAUGAAGUUCGGUAGUUCGAAAGUGCCUAAGUGAUUCGGAUUUCUGAAAAGUGGCAAAACAAGAGAGAGGAAGGGAAAAUUAUGUGAAUGAUGACAGGAAUCUUGACCAAUAAGCUAAUUCCCUUUGUGUGAUGUAAUGCUUGCUUGCCCAAUACGGUUUCACUAUUCCCUGUCCAAUGAAAUGAGCACAUUUUUGUGAUUGAUGUUAGAGGAUAGCCAAUUAUUUUUAUUAUUUUCAUUGCCAUUUAUAUAGCGCCAAAAGAUUCCGUAGCGCUUUACAAUAUUGGUGAUUUUCUCACUGAUACUUGGCCAACAAAGACACACAGAAUCAUUGAGGUGGGAUAGUAUAUAAAUCAGGCUGUCAGGGUGUUGGCUUGGAUUCAUGUGACCAGUAGAUAUGUGCGAUUCGUUUCGUUCUGAAUGUACAUUCGUAUGAAAUUCAUGCCAUUCAGACAUUCGGAAGCUUACGAAUGUUCGAAGUUCCAAAGUGCCGAAGCGCCGAACCGAAUGCCAUUGGUGCAAAUUUUUUUACUUUCUGAACCAAACCAAAUUUUUUGCCCAUGCACAUCCCUAUUUCCUAUAUCUCUAGCUGAAUAGGAAGAUCCAAGAAAUCUUUGUGGUGUUAAAGGGACCCUAUAGUCACCUAAACAACUUUAGCUUAAUGAAGCAGUUUAUAGAUUAUGCCUCUCAGGUUUCACUGCUUAAUUCACUGCCAUUUAGGGGUUAAAUCACUUUGUUUCUGUUUAUGCAGCCAUUGCCACACCUCCCCUGGCUCUGAUUGACACAGCCUGCAUGAAAAAAAAAACUGGUUUCAUUUUCAUUUAGAUGUAAUUUACCUUAAACAAUUUUACAAUUUUACCUCUUGCUCUGUAAAUUGAACUUUAAUCACAUAAAAAAGGCUCUUGCACGGUCUAGCAAGCUUUAACAUAGCAGGGGAUAAGAAAAUCUAAAUUAAACAGAACUUGCAAUAAAUGAAGGAUAAACAUUAGAUGACUCUUUACAGGAAGUGUUUAUGAAGGCUGUGCAAGUCACAUGCAGGGAGGUGUGACUAGGGUUCAUCAACAAAGGGAUUUAACUCCUAAAUGGCAGAGAAUUGAGCAGUGAGACUGCAGGGUAAUAAUGUAUACACCAAACCGGUUUCAUUAAGCUAAACUUGUUAUGGUGACUAUAGUGUCCCUAUAAGUAAAUUUGGAAGGUCAGCAGCUUGGAAAAAUGUUUGAAUUUCAUUGUUAUUAAUAGACUCACUAAGGACUGAGGGAAGUGAUGAAGAAAGGCUGAAAAGGUUUUAAUAAAUUAUUGUAUAACUCUUAUAGGUUCAGUUACUGUAGUACUAGUAACUGUGUGGAGGGAAGUGAUUGAGGUUUCUCUGAAAUCUGAAUGGUGAGCUGUGUUUGAUUUUUUUUUAUAGUAGAAUUGUAUAGUGAGUUUUAAUGCUCUGGCUGUAUCUCGCAAAGUAAGGGUCUGCUCUAGUCUUGAGAAGUACAUGAAGCAACAUAGGUGAGGAUGUACUUUUAUGUUUUUGUUUCAGUUCAGUUGAAUUUGAAGAAGAUGCGGUUGUGCAGCUUUAACUGUAUGUUGUGUUUCUAUGGCUUUGAGUCUUUUUCAGAAACUGUCUUAGGUGUGGCCCAAAAAGGGGGAGCAUUAAAGACUGAACCUUUAUUUAGAGCAAAAUAUUCAGUAAUUUCUUGUCAAUAUGCACAAUUGAGUUGUACACUAAAAAGUCAUUAAGCUUUCAAGCCCAGUGUCUGUGUUAGAUUACUUAAUUAAUAAACUAAUAUCUGCAUGAUCUGACCGAGUGAUUGAAUGGAUUGUUAAUAUUGAUACAAAAAGGACACAGUCGUGGGUCACAAAAUGAGGUCAAUGCGUGAAUAAGACUGAUGUGGAUUAAAAAAAUAGUCUUUUGCCAAAGGAUGCUGAAGUUGCCAGAUGUCUAACAAGUUGUGUUGCUGACAAACAAAUAACUUGACAUGAUAAUUUGACAAAACAAAUAAGUCUUCACCUAAAAAAAUAGAAAAUGUUAUUCAAGGAAACCUGGGUGGUCAUUGAAGCAUUAAGCAAAAAUAUAGGUGUAAUUAUUAUUAUUAUUAUUAUUAUCUCCAUUUAUAUAGCGCCAACAGAUUCCGUAGCGCUUCACAAUAUUAUGAGAGGGGGGAUUUAACUAUAAAAGGGACACUUACAAGAAAACUUACAGGAACAAUAGGUUGAAGAGGACCUUGCUCAAACAAGCUUACAGUCUAUAGGAGGUGGGGUAUAAAACACAUUAGGACAGGAAAUAGCAAUCAAAUAAGGUGGGAGUGAAGCAGAGCUGGAGGAGAGAGUAGAGUUCUGCCCUUUAGGAGAGAGCAAGAAACAGGUAUGUAAGGUGGAGGUUACUCUGGGAGGCCAUAAGCUUUCCUAAAGAAAUGGGUUUUAAUGCACUUUUUAAACAAUUGAAAAGUCUUUCCAGAAGCUUUAAGGAAAAAAGGAGCAGGGAUAUGGGACGAUAGUUAGUGGGAGGACGGGUCAAGAGAUGUUUUUUUCAAGAUAGGUACUACAGUGGCAUGUUUAAGGUCAGCAGGGACAACGCCAGAAGAGAGAGAGCAGUUGAAGAUGUGUGUUAAGGAAGGCGCAAGACAAGGGGAGAGAGAUCUGAUGAGGUGAGACGGGACAGGAUCGAGCGGACAAGUGGUGGGCCGAGAGAAAAGGAGAAGCGCAGCCACCUCGUGUUCAGUAGCCGUGUGGUUGAGAAAGAGAACGGCAAGGUGGGGAGAAUUCUUUCCUUAGCUGUUCAAUCUUAUCGGUAAAGUAGCAUGUAAAGCUAUCGGCUGUAAGGUUAGUUUGGGGGUGGUCACAGCAGGGCAAAGAAGAGAGUUAAAGGUGUCAAAGAGAUGCCUGGGAUUGUGGGAGCAUGAACUAAUGAGAGAGGAAAAGUAUGACUGUUUGGCGAGGGCAAGGGCUGCACUGUAUGAACACAAUAUGAAUCUAUAAUGUAGAAAGUCUGACUUGGUGCAAGACUUCCUCCAGGAGCAUUCAGCACAAUGGGAGCAACUUUGCAGAUAGCGUGUUGAUUUAGUAUGCCACGGUUGGGGACGUGUACUCCUCGAGGUGCCUGUUUGGAGUGGGUUUGUAGCAGUAAUUAUAGAGCAGAUACAUUUGUACAUGAGUGCAUAUGCUAAAAAUUCAAUCAAGGGGCAGAUUUUUGGGGUUAUUCUUCCGGGAGGUCAGUGGGCCCAUCUGCUAUCAACCUAUGUCUAAUAUAAUAUAUAUAAAGGUAGAUUAUAGCCUUAUAGUAUUGUAAUGCUAUAGAUGCAGAGCUAAGCUUUCAAGCUGUAUUUGUUAAGAAGCUCUCCCUCUCUGAAAGCAUGUUUUGGUGUAUAGAACAUGCCCCUGUAGCCUCACUGCUCAAUCCUCUGCCAUUUAGGAGUUAAAUCCCUUUGUUUAUGAACCCUAGUCACACCUCCCUGCAUGUGACAUGCACAGCCUUCCAUAAACACUUCCUGUAAAGAGAGCCCUAUUUAGGCUUUCUUUAUUGCAAGUUCUGGUUACCGUAAUUAAGAUUUUCUUAUCCCCUGCUAUGUUAAUAGCUUGCUAGACCCUGUAAGAGCCUCCUGUAUGUGAUUAAAGUUCAAUUUAGAGAUUGAGAUACAAUUAUUUAAGGUAAAUUACAUCUGUUUGAAAGUGAAACCAGUUUUUUUUUUCAUGCAGGCUCUGUCAAUCAUAGCCAGGGGAGGUGUGGCUAGGGCUGCAUAAACAGAAACAAAAUGAUUUAACUCCUAAAUGACAGUGAAUUGAGUAGUGAAAUUGCAGGGGAAUGAUCUAUACACUAAAACUGCUUUAUUUAGCUAAAGUAAUUUAGUUGACUAUAGUGUUCCUUUAAGAACUGUCUGUCUCGAUACCUUCUUCGGUCUACGUCACACCGAAAGACUAACCAAUAAAGAUAAGAACACAUUCUAUCAGAGCAUUGUCGACUUCAUGGGCUAACUGGGAAGAGGUUCCAAACGUUGAUAUUUGCAGAGCAGCCACUUGGUCUUCCCUGAUGACGUUCAUAAAACACUACAAACUGGACGUGACCUCUUCUUCCACCUGUCUGCGGUUGAUCUAUCUACGGUUUCUUUAUCCCACUGAUAUUAAAUGACUUUGCGGCAAGAGUGUCUGAAUAGUGUUUUUUUCUCCGUUUCUUUAUUCCCACCCUAUAUUUCCGUGAGCUUCAGUAUUACCCAUAGGUGAUGCUGCCAUGAUUAGCCAGCAAUAGUGAAAAUUUAUAACAAACUUACUGUAAUUUUCUUUUCCUGGCUAUUUCUCAUGACAGCAUCAGGGUUCCCGCCCAUUCUUUUAUUUUUCAGCUUUAGAAUUGGACGGUGGUGUAAGGGGAGGAGGGACUCUUUAUACUUAGUCUAAUUAAUCUUAUUAAUCUUAUUAAUUCCUGUCCUGUGACUGCUAAGGGAGGAGCUACCCAUAAGUGAUGCUGCCAUGAGAAAUAGCCAGGAAAAGAAAAUUGCGGUAAGUUUGUCAUAAAUUUUCUCUAUUCCUGUGAUCUGCCCUCUACUAUUUGUACUAUUUCUAAGGUUAGGGUUACAAUAAUAAUUGAGUGAGGCUCAAUUAGCUCCUAAUGCUAUUCUUCUUUCGAAUGUAACCGCUUUAUAUUGUAAAGCGCUACGGAAUCUGUUGGCGCUAUAUAAAUGGCAAUAAUAAUAAUAAUAAUAAAACAGUUUAACAGUUAGCCUCACUCAAUUAUUAUUCUAACUAAGAAAUAAAAGAAAUAGUGGAGGGCAGAUAAGAGGACAUUUAGGCAUAAGGUAAGGUUUAAAAUUAGGGUUAUGAGCUAAUUUAGCCUCACUCUAUUAUUCUAACCCUAGAAAUAGUGAGUUGUUUUUAUUUUGUAGUAUUAUUUUAGGCAUACUGCCAAAUACAGGGAUCUGGUUAGAUCAGUCAAGUUUAUUUUUUUGAAGGUUACAUUGGUUCUUGUUUUUUUACUCUUUUUGCUAAUUUAUGUUUAGGAAGGAUUCAUAGUUUUCAUCAAGUAUAUAGGUGACUAAUAAGAGUACCCCUAUCUCCUAUGACCCAUAUUCUAAACAGCUAUAUAAACUGUUAUCUAGUAUUAGUACAUAUCAAUUAUUGAUAUUCCAGUAUUAUUAGUGCAGCCAGCAUUCUUCAUUGCUGAGCUAAGAUUAGUAUUUUGUUCUAUGUUGAUAAAGUGGGAUUAGUACAAAUAAUACAUUUUGGGGGAUUAAUCAUGCUUGAAAUGUUUUUUUUUUAAAUGAAUAAAGCAGUGAUGAGGUUGUUUAGAACAUUGCUAUGGCAAUGUACACCUGUAUGAAGAUACCAUGUAUCAAUAUACACAUCGCGGAAAUUAAUUUUGGCAUGUAUAGAUAGGAAAAUCUGAAGCAUUCAUCUGACCAUUUACUUCCUUUUUUAUAUAUAUAAUCUGGUAUCAGAGAACGCAGUAAAUAGAUUUGAAUAAAAUGUUAUUCUUACCAUUGAAAUAAGGAAUGCGUGUUGCCUUUUUUCUCUCUCUUUACAAACCAAAGUGACAUCUUUAGCCAGCAUGCACUUUCAAAUCCAGGUAUACUUCAGGCGUAGUUUUACCAAACACCACCCCUUCUCCUCCAUCCUAGGGUCCUACAAAAAUCUCAUAGGGUUUUCAUACUCUGAUUAGAAAGAUUUAUCUCAAUCACCACUUUUUGACAACUAUUCUAGGCGUGUAUUACUCCUGCCUUGCUCACAGACGCGGUACCCCUGCUCUAGAGUACUACAAAUGCCCUCAGAUCCUUACCUCUCUCAAUCUCUCAGCUAGCCUCAUCUCCUCAGACCAAUCCAUUCCUGCCGUUUCCUCCUGUCUAUUGAAGUUAGUUUCUAUGUUAGUGAACGUGUUCAGUGGAAGCAAGAGAUGUCCAAGUUAUAUAUCUCUUUAUUUAGCCCUUCUGCGAUCAUAAUAUAGGGGGUCCCAGGUUGCCCAGCAGCUUCCUGCUUUCUUCACAAUGUUCCAUUGUAAGGAGGUUCCAUUGUGACAUCACGGGCUUGUGUGUGUCCAUAUAUGGGCAGUUACGUCACUGGAGCUUCCCCGGGCGGGUAUAAAAGGAGCCGGAGUCCCGAGACAUAGCAAUCCAGAGAGCGGAGAGAACCGAUAACCCCUUGUCUGCACCCCGGGGUACAGAGCAUCACCUUACCCAAUACCCAUACACCCCGGGUACCUGUACCCACCUGGCCAGUCACUAUGCGAGCACACCUUGGGUAACCCCACAUUAGCAGUCCGAGCUGGCCGUCCAUGCAUUGUAUUAUUAUUUCUGCCCAUUAUUUGUUAUUAUUCCCCUCUUCUCACCUGGCCAGCGGUAGAUGUAGCUGUCCCUCCAUUCGUUCCCUCUCCGUUCUCACUCUGGACAUGCCAUCCCCGGGGCAGAUGUGAGAGCAGUGCCCAUACAGGGGUAGGUAGGUCUGACCCCCGCCAUGGGACACAGCUAGUCAUUCCUCCCUCCGGGCAGCACUCUCAGCAUCCCCGGGGCAGGCUCGGGCACCAAGAUCAUAGCCUGCCCACCUACCUGCUGUCCAGCCCCAUCCGUGGAAGGUGUAGGAGGGUGGCUGGACCCCCCACAUUGCUCCUAUUCCCCCCUGGACUGUGCUAUGACCGGAAAGCUGUUGGAUAAACUCCCAGUAAACAUGACCUCGCUUCUUCCAGACCCCCUCUACCCCGAGGAGGGGCAGGACCUACCUGGACCCUUGUCCAUUUAUUCCACCGGGGGCAACGAUCAGCACUUCUCCUCUAUGUCUGCAGGUGGGUGAGAAAAAUCCUCUAGUGGAAAAUGAGUGACAGAUGGUGGGCUAGCUGGUGGGGCAUGCGGUGUGUGAUGUAGCUGUGGAGCACGGUGCUCUGUUUGGGAUCAUGCUUUGGCCAGUGUGGAUGAGUUGGGGACCUUUCAGGAAGGUGGGUGGGGGCGCUAGGUGUGAGCUAGUUUGUAAAGGUGUGGAGGAGGAAUGGAUCUCUAGGGAUGGGGAGACAUGACUACAUUCUCUACAUAGCUCUGCACAGUAUAAUGCUCUGCCAUGCGCUGCUUUGCUAUUCAUCAUUUGGUCCAAAGCUUAGCACCAGUUAGCUCUUUAUUGUAUUCUAUAUCAAUAUCGUCUUAUGUAUGGGUAUUAACAGGGCAUUAGUCAGUCUGUCUAUCCAUCAUGGGGGGAGGCUGAGUGUGUUUUUAUAUUUAUGCUUAUCUUUUAAUGUGUAUUGUUAGUCCAAUAUACAGCAACUCUCUGUUACAUUUAUAUACAUAUACUACACUGUAGUGUUCUACGUGUUUCAUUUCUGUCGGUGGAUAUAUUUUCCCUCAGUGUUCGAUGGACUGUUAUUAUACUGCUCUGCAUGUUCUAUUUCUUCGUACGUUUAUUUCACUGCGAUACUAUAUGCAUUAUUUCACUGCUAUACUGCUAUGCAUUGUGCUACAGUACCUGCUCUCCCUGUUUUAUUUGGGCAGUUAUGUUGCUCUGCAUGUUCUGUGUAUUUAAAUGCUCUGCAUUACUAUAAUAAGGUGUUCAUUUUACUGGAUGAUAAUAAAAUGCUCUCCAUAACUAUAUUAAUUUGCAUUUUUAAAUUUCAAUGGGUAUUUGUUCUAAUGCUUUACAUCUUGUCCACUUGUUUAUUACUUGUCUCUAGAUGGUAUUGUGGUGCUGGUGCAUAUGACCUGGCUUUAUUGCUAUAAUAAUGUACUAGAUGGGAUAUGCCUGGAUUGUAUUGCAUUGUUGUGUAUGUUAUAUUGCUGUGCUGGUAGGAUUACCCUGUACUAUUAUCCACUGUACAUUAUAUUGCUGUCCUGGUGAUGUUGUAGCAUGGCCCUGUAUGUAACAUUGUUGUGCUGGUGGUGUUGAAUAGCAUGGCUAUGUGGUCUGAUGGAGUUGCCUGACUUUGUAUACUUCCAUAGCUAGGCCAGUGGUGGUGCACAGUGUUUUGCAUGGCUCUGUAAGUUAUAAUGCUUCCAAGGCUUCGUUGCCCAGGCAUUAUAUAGCUGGCUCUCUUUUUUUGCAUGGCUCUGCAUAUUAUAUUGCUGCACUGGUGUACUUGCCCAUGUUGCAUUGUGUGGCUGUGUGUUCUAUUGCUGUCCAGGUGAACGUUACUCUGCGGACAGGUUAGCUAACUGUUGCAUAUCUAGGUGCUGUGAUGUCACUGCACGUCAUGCCAUUGCUGAGCGAGUUAAAAUCAUCUGGUUGUGUUUGUGAUUCCGUGGAGAUAAAGAGGAUAAGUUACAUGAGUAAUGUAGAACGUAUGGGUCUCUAGAGUUCUAUUCACACUCCAGCAAUGAGUUGCACCGUUACUGUGCUAUGUGCUUUGCUUCUCACAUCCCAGCGUGUGCCUUAUUACACUGUCUGUGUGCAGUAACCUCUAUGGAAGUACGCUGUGUGACAAUGACACUGCACCUGGGUGCCUGUUGCUCUGCUAUUGAUGGUUAAUUUUAGGGUAACCCAUCACAAGGCACUUCAUUGCAGUUAAAGCUGCUUAGUUCCCUUCUUCAGACAUUUACAGCGUCACAAUGUGGGGGAAGAAAGUCUUUAAAUAUUGUUGCGGGGGUGGGGGAGCUCCCAGCCCUUUGUGUGGGGGAGGCAGGCGACUGAGCUGGGAGGUGACAAGUGGGGGCAGCUGGUGACAGCUCAUAGGAUAGGUAGGAUGAGUAGGUGUAUUGUGGAGGGGGAAAUUCCAAAGUUAACCUCUUCACAGAAAGUGACCUGUUACUCAUUGCAUAGCACCCAAAAUACUGCUUAUUAUAAUGAAUAAUCCUGACAGUGACCCGUGUUUUUUUGGAUUUUCUAUAGCAAUUCUAUAUUCCAGUCUGUGUCAGUUAGUGAUGAUGUCAACAGUGAGAUGUUUUCUGCCUUUUUAACUUUCGUUUCGAAGAGAAAUAAAUGGUCCUAUUGGACAACUUAUAUCAGCUGGGCAUUGUUGCUAUGUAAUUGUUAUUGGAAUUUUCAAAUCAAAGUAUCACAUACAUACACAAAAUAUAGUAUAUGACCAAUAAGUUUGUUGAAAAUUCUAAGGUCCAAUUUAAAAAUACUAUUUCUUUAUAUGUUGGACCUUAGAAUUUCAACAAACGUGGUGUGAUAGGAAAGAGAAGAGAGCAAUGGGAAGAAUCAGUAGAUUAUCCACCUGUGAAGCCCUUGGCAUAUUUCAUUGUGUAGUGAAUUCAUUUCCUGAAUCUGGUACAUAGCCCUGAGAGGUACAUCACUCACUGCAUGCCUUUACUCUGAUACUGAGCCAUGCCUGUGUCAGGUCAGAUAGUAAGUAGAAGGUUAUUAAUGUCCAGCAAAAUACCUGAGUUGCUUGCAUCCUUGCCACUUACCAAGGUAAAACAAUUCCAAAAGUGUUAUUAUUUGUUCUUUUUCUUUUGUGCUGUGCAAUAUACUGCAUGGCAUCACUGGGUCGGGUACUAAAACUGAUUCCUACCCUUUUUUCCACAGAACCAAAUUUAUUUACAUGAUAUUAAUGAUGACCCAUCAAUUUUACAAUUAUCCCAGUGACCUUUUUGUCAGUUCUAACAAUAUAGUGUAAAAUUCCUUCAUUACACUCUUCACACUGUCAGACUGAUCUCCACUGAAUUAAGGAAGGCUACAGUAAAAAAAUUUGUUUUGGGCAGUUGUCUGAUGAAUAUGAUGUGCCUUGCCACUGAUUUGGGGGCAAACUAUAAAAUACACUAUAGAGUGCACACUGCGCUGCCCCACUUAAUCAAAUAGAAACUGCAUUGCUUCAGUGACUCCGAUAAAAAGCAAUAAGGUACAUUUUAUUUAGCAGUCAGGUAAUGUGAAUGGUAUAACAGAUGGGACUCUUGUACAAAUACAAGGCAUGCACUGAUCAGAUCAGAAAGCAGUUUUUGGUACUUUGUAUUGCAUUGUAAAACACACUGCAUGCACUAACUAGAUCAUAAAUUGAGCCCUGAUCACAUUUAAUUGCACCCAAACUAAUCUGCAUGCAUUCACUGGAUCAGAAAUUGGACCAUGAGUUCUUCGUAUGAGAUACUGUAAAAUACAUUGCAUGCACUCACUGGAUCAGGCAUUGGGCCACGGUUGCAUUUUUUUUUUUUUACUCAAAGUAAACUGCCUAUAAUUCAAAAUAUCAACACACACUCAUAGGGUUGUGUACUGAAGUUAAGAAUUGUCAGAAAUUCAAAGUGAGUUCAAGGCAAAUGUCACAUAUAAGACUAAAAUAGCUGAAAUGAAAAUAUUCGCAGUUUGGCUACUUUGGCAUUAAAUUAGAAAUGCACUUUAAUUUCACUUUGAAUCCAAGAUAAUUCUCAUGUUAGUGAAUAACUUUGUCAUUAGACACACAUAUUUAAGCAUCUGUGGACAUCAACUGACCAAUAUUAUUAAUUCACUAUAUACAAUGUACAAAGCUUUCUUUUUUUUAUGUGCAGAAUGCACACAAAUGCCUGUUUGGAAGCUAGAAAUGGCACUAUUUGUUGAGGCUAGUUCUUGGCAGUAUGGACGUUCUGCAAUAUCGAGACUCCCCCAAAAGUGUGUCCUGCAGGGUUGUAGCAGAAGUAACACAACUCUGUGGUGCCUUGUUCUUCGUCUAACACAAAGGUUUCUGCUGGCACUAUCUCUAGAACAUCCUGUAUAAGCUGCAGUUUUUUUUUCUGACUCUUGGUGCUAUGGAGAUACAUUAAAGUGCAUGAAUAAUAUUGCAGUAACCCUCUGCUUGCUGGCUCGAGCUGCACAAAGAAUCUCGCAAGUUUCUCUUCAACACCAUGAGGUUCCGUAAAAAGAUGACAGCUAAAAAAUGGCUACCGAUAGCUGUGCAGAAUGUUAAUAAACAAGUUGAGCUACUUAACUUAAAGAGUAUUUCAGUAAGCAGUUAAUCAUGGUUUGAUACCAAUUAUACAUAUUUUGUAAACUGUCAAUGAGAAAGGAGCUCUGUAUGAUUAUGUCUAAAUAUUUAAUGAGAAUGUCAACCCUGUAUCGCAUGAUGGGUAUAUCCAAUAUCUUAUCUUGCCUUAUAUACUUAUGUUCACCCCUGCUAUCUUUCAGCCCCUCACUGCAUCUUUAGUGCUCUCUAAAUGCAAAACCCCAUGGAGUCUGACAUGUUGAAAUCUUUCAAGAACUACUAAUUGUGCUCGUAAAAUAUGGCCAGUGUAUUAUUUUCAGUGCCUCAUUGUUUCUUUCUGUCCCCUUCAGAUAAUGUUAUGGAUUUAGGCUUGCCUAACGAGAAAAAUUCACAGGACAUUUCCUAUACAGGCACCUUUCAGCCGGGCAACAAGACAGUCACCUAUCUGGGCAAAUUCUCCUUUGACUCUCCUUCUAACUGGUGCCAGGAGAACAUCAUCAGCCUAAUGAGCGCUGGCAUCCUUGGUGUGCCAACAUCUCAAGCGCCCAGUGGAGGAGGGGGAAAUGGUAGUGGUGGAGGUGGUGGUAUCAUGGGACAGUCUCAGAGUGAAGUAGAAUCUAUGUUUCAUGGCUUACCACCCUAUGCCAGUUGUGGAGACCUGUAUCAUGAUCAGGUUGGCUUCCAAGGUGGAGGUAUGGCCCCCUACACUUCCCAAGACUACCAAUCUGCCAAGCAGGGUCUGGACUCUAGUGUCUUUCCAAUGAUACCAGACUACAAUCUUUUCCAUCAUAAUACAGAGAUGCCCACCGUGGACCAGAAGCCUUUUCAAAAUAUGGAGGCCAUGCGGGUUAAUCCACCACCUAUAACCCCAUUGGAGACCAUCAAAGCAUUUAAAGAGAAGCAGGUCUUACCAAGCUUUGGAGGAAUGAGUCACCAGGCUCCCCUCCCACUCAAACCAAUAAGGCCUAGAAAAUACCCGAACCGCCCUAGCAAGACCCCUCUACAUGAGCGACCCCAUGCAUGCCCUGCUGAGGGCUGUGACCGACGUUUCUCACGUUCCGAUGAGCUGACACGACAUCUGCGCAUCCACACAGGGCACAAACCCUUCCAAUGCCGUAUUUGUAUGAGGAGCUUCAGCCGUUCUGACCAUCUUACUACCCAUAUCCGCACCCACACAGGAGAGAAGCCCUUUGCCUGUGACUUCUGUGGACGUAAGUUUGCACGAAGUGACGAAAGGAAGCGGCAUGCCAAGAUCCACCUUAAACAGAAGGACAAGAAGGGAGGGGACAAAGCAGCUUGCUCUCCUUCAGUGGCUGGGACUCCUGCAGUUACCUCUUGCGCAUGAAGACCCUACUUUUUUUAAAGGAAUGGAGGACUCUGUGAAAUGCUGCUCUGCAUGUCAUCACUGUUUGCACCUAUUUCCUGCCAGAUAUUUCCAGAUUUUGUGGCUUUUCUGGUAGUUCUGUAAUGCAUUACAUUCAUAACUUCUUCCCUAAGAGUAAUCUGGAGAGCAUCUCUGGGUUCAUCAACUAGUAAAUGUAAACUAGUAUUUGAUCCAUACGCUUGUUAACUGUACUUACUGAGCAUUACUAAAAUGUGCACAUGUCAAGACGUUGCACCAACUGGCCACUGCUUCACCCUCCAUGUUUUUUUCCAACCUGAGAAGAAUGUCACCACCUUUUUCUCCUGAUGCUUUACUUGCUGAGUGAUGCUUCAGCUAUCAUAUCUUGAGCAACUCUGGUUUCCUACCUCCGCAGCAUACCCUUUAGCCUGCAGAGCCUCACUCCAUGUGUCUGCCUACUCUAAACAUUUAGAGAGACCUGGAGUGUCAAGAGUUUGACGAUGUAAUGGUAACUGUAAAUGGAAAGUCCUGGGGUCCAUAAAUUGCUGCUUGGUUAACAUAAUCUGCUGCUGUUUCCAAACAUUACAACCCAGUGUGCCUGCUGACCCUUUCUUCUCUUCCAAAAUAUCUUCCUACCUUUUCUUUCUUCUUUAAUCUCACCUAUAUUCAUUCUGAUAUUUACCUCUAUGUUCAAACCAGCGGUUCCAUCUAUCAUUCUGUCAAAAUGGCUUCCUCUAUCAUUGUGAAUUCACGUUGUCCGUUAUUAUCGUUUCUCCUCAAAAAGUCCCCAUUAUUUUGGCACAAUUACUUGCACCAUAGUUCUGCUUCAAUCUCUCGUUAUUCUGUCUUCAUUGUUCAUUCUAUCACUAGUUUCCACCAUUCUGCCUAUAAUGUUCUGUCUAUAAUUUAUUCUCUAUUGCUUAUUUACUCCUUUCUUUCAUUUCAUACAUUCUUGCUCUCUCUUUUGCUACCUUCAUUUCUCACUUUUUCCUUCUCUCUUCUCUCUCUCUUUUUUUCCCUUUCUCCUCAUCAAUCCCUUACUCUUGCCUCUACAUUUCCCCCUCCUUCUUCUGUCUCUCUCUGGUUCAUGCACCCCCCUGCUUUUCUUUUCAACGUCUGUCACACAAUUUUAUUAGAGGAAAAAAAACAGCUACAGCUUGAAACAAAC